AUGGACGAGAGCAGUCAGUGCCCCAUCCAAGGCACUGACGUCACUGUGCCACCUUUCUGGAUCCAAAAAGAGUGCAGUUCCUGGACCAGGAACAUCUCUGGUGUCUGGGAUUCAGACCAGGGCACCACCGUGGGCACCGUGCUCUCGGGUGGCCUGAUGCUGGUGUCUUCCACAGAUGAGGUGGCAACUGAUAGUGCCCCCUUUCAAAGGUCUCAGCAUCCUCACGCUACCUCCUGCCGCCACUUCCACUUGGGUCCCCCGCAGCCGCAACAGCUCACCCCGGACUUCCCGCUGGCCCACCCCGUGCAGUCGCAGCCGGGCCUCAGCGCCCACAUGGCCCCGGCCCACCAGCACAGCGGCGCCCUGCACCAGUCACUGACCGCGCUGCCCACCCUGCAGUUCCAGGACGUCACAGGUCCCUCCUUCCUACCUCAGGCCCUGCACCAGCAAUACCUCCUGCAGCAGCAGCUCCUGGAAGCCCAGCACCGCAGGCUCGUCUCGCACCCCAGGCGAAGUCAGGAGCGUGUGUCCGUCCACCCCCAUCGCCUCCACCCCAGCUUCGACUUCAGCCACCAACUGCAGACACCCCAGCCCAGGUAUCUGGCUGAGGGCACUGACUGGGAUCUCAGUGUGGACGCCGGCUUGAGUCCUGCCCAGUUCCAGGUGCGACCCAUCCCUCAGCACUAUCAGCAUUACCUGGCAACUCCUCGAAUGCACCACUUCCCCAGGAACUCGUCCUCCACACAGAUGGUCGUGCAUGAGAUUCGAAACUACCCUUACCCUCAACUUCACUUCCUUGCUCUCCAGGGACUAAAUCCUAGUAGACACACCUCUGCUGUGCGGGAGAGCUACGAGGAGCUACUGCAGCUCGAGGACAGGUUGGGAAAUGUGACUCGGGGAGCUGUACAAAACACCAUUGAGAGGUUCACCUUCCCUCACAAGUACAAGAAGCGAAGACCCCAGGAAGGCAAGGGCAAGAAGGAUGAGGGGGAGGAGUCAGACACCGAUGAGAAAUGCACAAUUUGUCUGUCUAUGCUGGAAGAUGGAGAAGAUGUGCGACGCCUCCCUUGCAUGCAUCUCUUUCAUCAACUGUGCGUGGACCAGUGGCUUGCCAUGAGCAAGAAAUGCCCCAUCUGCCGAGUGGACAUUGAAACACAGCUGGGAGCUGACAGCUGAGGGAGGAACUCGCCAGUGGAUACCCCAUUUCCUUCACCAGGUCCCCCCACGGCCAUAGCCCUUGCAGCCAAACUUUGCCUUCUGAGCCAUUUGACGUAGAGGAAAAACCUGCAAGCACAUUUUUUGUGGAACGAGGAGUUGGUGGUACCCACCUCUGAGGGAAAGGAGGUGGGGGGAGGGUGGGUAGAGGUAGGAAGAACUCCCCCUCCCACCCAAUCCAGAAUGGCGACUGCCCCCAACCACCUUGCUGCGUGGGAGGGAGGGAGCUGGCCGUGCCCGGAGCCAGGAUGGGAAGGAGGGGCCCAGGUUGCUGAAAACCCAGACGUGAGCCCAGAAGUCCCAGCUGAUAGGCCGGCCCCUCGAUCCUGUCCUCCGCAGGACUGUGUAUAUACCUCUCGACCACAUAGAAACCAUGUAGGGGUCUCUAGCUAUUUCUGUGGGUGACAGCCGGAGCAUGUUAGCUUAAGAAAUGUCGUGUGUGGUGCUCUAGUCAUCUUGUGGUGGACAUGUCACUAUUAGGAAUCCGCACCAAAUAUUUCUCAUUGAGUUUCUUGUUUUGGUGCCUGACUGAACCAACUGACCACAGCCCCAGUCAUCCCGUCUUUU